AUGGACUUUGAAGUCCUGGGUUUCGUCGAUGCCGAGAAGCCUACCAAGGUCGCCGCAUGUGGGAACAUGCACCCGCUGCUGGAUGGUGGCGCCAAGUUAUGGCAGCCCGGAAAAGGCGGGCUCGCGGUCGUGGUUUCAACUGGGAACCGCAGCAAGCGCCAGAGAUCAAAGGUCUCCGAGGAGGAGGUUCAGUCCAUUCUUGAUGAUGCCAAGAAGCCCACCAUCCAAUCCAGCUCAAAAGCCACCAACGGGAAGCGCUCACGCGAAGACGAAGGAGCCUUUACGUAG